AUGGAUGAAACAUGGCUCCAUCACCACACUCCGGAGUCCAAUCGACAGUCAGCUGAGUGGACUGCACGCGAUGAACCGACUCCAAAGCGUGGAAAGACUCAACAAUCGGCUGGGAAGGUUAUGGCCUCUGUUUUUUUGUAUACGCAUGGUAUAAUUUUCAUCGAUUACCUUGAGAAGGGAAAAACCAUCAACAGUGACUAUUACAUUGCGUUAUUGGAGCGUUUGACGGAUGAAAUUGCAAAAAAAACGACCUCAUUUGAAGAAGAAAAAAGUUCUGUUUCAUCAAGACAACACGCACGACAAGACGCAACGUGUCACAAGUCAAUAAAUACGAUGCUUGAAUUGAACGAAUUGGGCUUCGAAUUGCUUCCUCAUCCACCGUAUUCUCCAGAUUUAGCCCCCAGUGACUUUUUCUUGUUCUCAGAUCUCAAGAGAAUGCUCGCUAGUAACAAAUUUAAAGCAAUGAAGAGGUGA